CCCCGCGCGGGGCGGGGGCGCCGAAGGUCCGGCCGGUCUCGGGAGGCGGAGAGGUGCCCGGGGCUCUGCUAUUGGGGAGCACAAUGAGUAAUUUAGACAGCGAUGACCUGGUCGUUGACAGGACCCUCAGACUCAAGUCCUCCAAAGAAUGGCUGGAGCCGCAGCCCCUGUCUUUUGUGGAGGCAUUUGCCAGAGAAGAUAUUAAUGCAGCUAUUAAAUCAAUAUUAUAUAGAGAAAAUUAUAUAAAUAAGGAAUUAGAUAAGUAUUUACAACAUCAGGACUUCUUAAACACAAGAAGAAAAGAGAUGUUGUACAAAAGAUGGGUUGACCAUGUGGCCGGUCCUCUCCAGAAGAAAAUAAUGGAGAAAGUUUGUUCACAUAAGAAGAUUAAAAAGCGGAGACACCGGGAAUUAGAUACCUUCUUAAAAUACGUCAAUAAAAAGGGAAAUGCAUUUAUAGAGCAUUAUGAUCCAAAGGAGUAUGACCCAUUUUACAGAAACAAAGAGGACCUGAAUUUUCUGAAGGUUACCAUCCCACCAUUUCGUGACCCUUUGAAAAAGGCACAAUAUGACAAAGAUGAAGAAAAAAGAACUCUUCUUCAGUGUGAGACUGGCAAAAUACAUACAAUGAAAGAAUUUAAAGAGGUUGAGAAGGCCAAACUGCAUUGCAGAUUUCCACAACUUUCUAAUUCAAGGUGCUUUAUGACUCCAAAUGAGUGGCUUAAACUGUCUACAAGCUACAUAGAAAGUGACUUUUGUAAAAGGAGCAGGUUGAAGGUGAAAAGCAACUUUAACGUUAGUAGUUUUGAUUUGAAACACGUGGUCAAAAUUCCUCAUCUUCGGGGAUCCCGGGAAGAAGAAAAAGCAGUUCUUUGCAAAAACGAAGGGCUAUGCUUGCUGGAAAAAGGACGGCUCCAUUCUCAGCAGGGAAAGCGUCCAAGUCGCGAGGAGGCCAAGGCUGAAAGGCCCUCCCUGAGCCUCAGCCUGGAGGCAGAGCGGAGGGAAGACCAGGACGCGGUUUUGGCAGCCACGGAGCACACGCCCUGAUCCCUGACGGCCCAGGAGGACGCAGAGGAUGGUUGCUGUGGAGGAAGCCACCUGCCAGCAGAUGUCGUCGGAGUGAGGACCACGGAGGCGCU